AUGUCACAACCGACUGAGGCCCGAGCAGCCGCCUCGGUGCACUCCGUGGCUGAAGACGGCCUGGAAGACGACGACGUCUGGUGCGCUGUCGGAGAGCGGACAGACGAAUUGGAAGAAUGGCAGAAUGUCCCUGAAUCGGUCAAGGCUCAUGAUGAUGCCCACAAGCCCCUUGACUACUACGACGACUUCGUCGACGUCCAGCCGGACCCGGCCUCGUGCGAAUGGCUGCUCGUCGACCACACCCCGCCCAUCGGACGGGACUGGCACAAGCUGGAGCGCCGCGCGAGCCGGUCGAACGAGAAGAAGGAGCAGCAACCUCAAGAAAAGCUGGUAGCCGGCGGCGUCGACGUACCGGCCUCCUCCCCUAUCGACAUCCCCAAGCCGCGCCCGCAGGAGUCUGCCUGCCCGCACGAGCAGGACAUAAAGCAGGCAGCCGACGUCCUCUAUGCAAUGGCCUCCUCACCCGUGGACAUCGCCAAGCCGCACCCAAGAGUCGUGGAGUCUCCCCCGCCGCAUGAAGCGGAAGCGAACAAGGAGAAGCACAAACAAGCCGCCUCAACCUCCCUUCGUCGCAUAGACGAAUACCGCGCUGCCGCUAUUGCCGCUGCCGCCGCUGCCGCCGCCGCAGUCCCCGCAACCAGAACCAGAACCAGAGAGCCGUUCGAGGUGUCCGAUGCGCAGCGAGCGAGCGCCGGGGAGUGGUGGCAGGCCCGGGUCCCCGAGCACCAGCACUUUUCCCAGGUCGCCGUCUUGCAGCCCGUCGAACAACGACGCAGCAGCAGCAGCAGUAGGAGGCUCCCCGUUCGGGCUGCGCAGCCGAGUAGUCGGAGGCCUCCUGGUAAUGCUCCUGCUGCUGCCGGCGCGCACCACCGCUCUCGAGACAUAUACAGGUGGAGCUAG